AUGUCAGGGAUCUCGAGCAGCUUUGCUUGGAGUGAAGAGAUGAGCGCUUGCGGUGUGGCAAAGGCUGACAAGUGGAGCGCCAUGGUCACCAAGAAGGACUAUCAGAAACCGCCAGAUCUUACAGUCAAUCUACCUUGUGUGAAACUAUUCUUAGGAACGACCCAGCUGACGACCCAGCAGGCCCCUGACUUCAACGUACAAGUGCUUAACUUCAUCAGCACGGGCGAACAGGGGAGAUUCGAAGGGCUCAGUGACGUGGUCCCAUCACUAUUCUCAGGACCGUCACCUGGGGAAGAAGAGGGAGAGAUUGUCGAAGUUCCUGUCUUUUCAGGUGCCGUCAUCUUCACGCCCAGCUUCCGCCAAGGUGAUGUGCCGCCCCCAGGUCAACCAGAUCAAGACCUAUGUGUUGAUCAGAUCCCCGGCUUCACACUCGCGAACAUGGACGAAAAAAUAAACGUCGCGACAUAUCAACCGGUAGGUAACAGCGCCGAGCAGGCCUUCAAUCCGUGGCUUGGUCUCCUCACAUUCGAAUAUGUGCCUCAACACAUCUCAAACGACAAUGAUGCAUGUGAAGUACUUCGAGCAAUCCGCAUCCACGUCCAAGAUGCUAUCCUGCCCAUCAUGGCAUUGGACAGGCCGGCUCCCUCCUCAAAUCCGAACGUAGCUGGUCCAUCGAGGUUCAAGCAUAAGCGGCAGGGCGCCUGUCCCGUCAACCUUCCCCAGAUCCUCUCAACUCAGGGGGAUGGUACGGCCGAGGCCGCAAGUUUCUUCGACAUCAGUACGCCUGUCAGUGGAGUGACUGGUGUAACUUCGCUCGUGGGACCAGCGUCAGCUUCAGCAUCAGCCUCACCCUCACCAGUGGUGCCACCAGCAGCAGCGACGAGUUCGACACCUCCAGCGGCGGCAACCACGGCUGUACAAGCCCCGAGUUCGAGUGUGGCUGGCCCUGUGCUGUGUAGUAAUUGGGAGCUUAGCUCUAAUGGUGUGCAGGUGGGAACGGAUUGUGAUGGAGACCCGGAUAUGACGGUUACCGUAUUAAUUGGAUUCUAA